GAUCACAUGAACGGAAGUCCUCAGUGAGCGCGUAUUAACUCAUUCUUCGCCGCCCUACUCCUGCAGCGUUGCAAGAGCAUGAUUAGCGCGUUGUCCAAUACGAACGCCGCUUGAAAAGAACAAGGCGGGCCGUCAAAGGCUUGAUGUACCUGUUUGACUUGGAGGGAGGAAAUUGUAGGUUUGGGGCAGUGAUCAAUAGUACAAAGAAGAACAUGCUGUGGUGUUGGAACCGAUUCACAGUGACCCCAUCAAUGAGAUGUUCCAGGCAAGAGACAUGUGGAGGAGAGCUGACAGUAGGAAACAAAAGUGAAGAAUAAUUUCACAGGCAUUUCGUUCCACGUGACAAGUCCGCCCCCCCCCCCCCAUGUGGAUGACUGGUGGCUUCUCUCCGUGAGCAUGAAGUGCAUAAUUACUGGUGGUAAUGUGAAAGCUCUCGGGAAAGCAGUGCACUCUCUCUCUCGCAUUGGAGAUGAAGUCUAUAUUGAGCCGCUAAAGGAAGGGCUCUCUUUACGUGCAGUAAGUGCAUCUCGUUCGGCAUAUGCCUGUUUCCUGUUUGCCCCACUCUUCUUUCAGCACUAUGCACCUGGAGAAUCAGGCCCUGUCAGAUGCAAAGUGUUCAUGAAGUCUUUCCUGGCUGUGUUUCGCUCGCUCUCUUUGCUGGAGAAGACUGUGGAGAAAUGUAUCAUCUUGCUGCGUUUCUGUGACAGCAGGCUCUGUGUGCAACUGCACUGCAAGUAUGGUGUUGUCAAGACCCAUGACUUAUCAUUCCAGGAGUGUGAAUCACUGCAGGCAGUUUUUGAGACAGAACAGUGCACCCAUACUCUGCGUGCUCCUUCCAGAUUAUUAGUGGAUGCUGCGGUACACUUCCCAUUGACUCUGGCUGAGGUGACAAUGGGUGCCAGCCCUGGUGGAAAAGUGACCUUCCGCAAUUACCUGGAAGAAGAGACAGAGGCUGGCCAGACAAUGGUGACAGAGCUGUGUUUGAGUGAGGAUGAGUUCCAGGUCUUCCGUGUCAAGCAGGAGACACAAAUUACUUUCUGCCUUAAGGAAUUUCGGGGUCUUCUAAGUUUUGCAGAGUCUUCAAAUCUUCCCAUUAAUAUCUACUUUGACAUCCCUGGCAGGCCAGCUAUCUUUGUUUUAGAGGACCCCCUGCUAGAAGUGCACCUGGUCCUGGCAACAUUAUCAGAGCCAGAUUGUCACAGUUCCCAGAUGACCAACUGUACACCCAAGGCUGUUACUCCUGCUUACGACUUCACCAAUGAUGACAUUGAUGCCUACAUGAUUGCCAUGGAAACCACGUGUGCUGGUGUGGAUGGGGUGCGUCCAUCUCCCAGCUCUAUCUUGCCUAUACAACAUACCAAUUCUGACACAAGGGACUUGGAAAGUGAUGAGGGGACUGUACCAGGCACACCACCACCACAGAAAAAGUUCCGUUCCUUGUUCUUUGGCUCAGUCCUAAACCAGUCGCAGACUCUACUUUACGCAGGCUCUGGCCAAGAGGUGCUAGCAGAAGACAGCGAGGGAGAAUCUUGAGAAGACUCCUGCCUAUUGAGACGUAACAGAUGCUUAAACAUCUGGUGAGCUAGGAAACCCAGUCCUCUCCAGAUAAGGACCAGGAGGAGCCCUGGGCAUCUGAACCAGAAAGACCUUUUCCAUAUCAUGAGCACACCUUUUUUAAUUAUUAUUAUUAUUUUACAUGACAGUGUUUCUGUGGGGGAAGAAGCCUUUUGCCUGCUGCAGGCCUAACACAUCCAGUGAGCAUCUCAAUUUUUUUUUUUGCAAUGCUGUUCAAAAAUGGGAGUGUACAAAUCAAGACGCCAUCUUGCAAUGAGUAUUUGACUAAUACAGAGAGGCAUGGUAGGUCUGUUUCCCAAUAAAUAUGUUUCUAGA